GCGUGGUGUAUAAUUACAAUGAAGAGGGCAUCCACAGAGCUGAAACUGGAUGGGAGCAGUGCAUCAGCAUCCCACUAGUGCAGCCAGACAUGUUUGGGCUUCUUCAGCAGUGGGAUGAGCUCCUGGAGGAAUUUUCUGCGGGAGAGGCCUGGCUUCCUCACAGGUAUGAUGAACAUGACCACAACUGCUACACGUACGCACUGGCAUUCAUUAACAGUGUCCUGGCUGCACAAGGAAAACCGCAAAUGAGUAAAAGUGAAUUUACAGAGAAAUUUGUGAUCCCAGAGACAAGGAGAGCUUCCAAAUACCUGACUCUGCACCAGGAGCUAAUGGCUAAUGAUUUCUACAUUGUCCCUCUUCCCGAUGAAGAAAAACAGUGCUGA